AUGCCCUCUGAAAAGCCAUCCAUUCUUCUGACUCUGGCCGCACAGGCGGUUAGCACUGUCGGCUUAAGCGUGAGCAUCAUUGCCUGGCUUUGGCUUUCCCUCAUCCCGCUCCCCAAACCAACGGAACCAAUAACAAUCGUCGACAAGAAAGCCCGGCGUCGUUCCGCACCUGCUGCCCUUCAAUCCCAAUCGAGUUCCCACUCUCCUCCAUCUCCUCAGAGAUCAUCGGUUGACCACGCUUCUUUGAUUACCAUUCCUCCAAGAAAGCGCCGUGUCUAUUUCGCUGACUCUCCCAACUCGCCUUCACGACCUUCUUCACGACCGAACGACUCUGCAGAACUCAUCGUCGAAAAACCGAUAAUUGCUCAAUCAUCAGCUGUGGAAAUAAGUCCAGCUUCUUCGUCUUCUACUCUGGUGCAUACCCAUACCGCAAUACCCCCACAAACAUUAGAGACAUGCCGCGAGUUAGCCAUCGAAUCAGACUCUUCUAGUUCCUCGUCACCUCGCCGGUCAUUGUCUUUGACCAGACCUUUCGGAAGGACUCGCCGAACAUCAGGGCCCGAUGUUCCUGCCCCAGAAUUGGUAUCAGAACCUAGACAACCGCGCAGAUCUAGCGGGAAUUUUGUCCCCCCUUGGACCACUUUCCGCCGCACUUCCACAUCAAAGAGCGCUUCUAGUAAUGCCUCAUCAACUCCCAGCUCUGGAACGACCUCUUCUCCCAGUCCAACAAGUGCGCCAGCCCAAUCGUAUUUCACACGCAAAUCGGCUCGCCGCGUUUCUACCCCUGUCCCACGCACUCAGCCUUACGCAUAUCCGUACUUCGCCGAGCCACCUAAAGUGGAUGACGAUGUCUAUAUCGCAUACCUCCGUGGUCGGACCCCACCUGGGCCAGAGACUCUCGCCCGUAGCGCGACCGCCUCCGAUUCAGAGGGUGGUAAGAGCCAGAACAGGAAGUUAAACGACAAGGCACAGGCUGCGCUGGGCCUCCAACGACCAUCAACACUUCAACAGCGGAAUCCUAAGCGAUCCGCAAGCGAAGGAUGGGUCGAACGUCCGUAA